GCCGAGCCGCCCGCCCCUCUCACCAUGUCGGAACGCUUGGGCAGACCCUCCUGCCUGCUGGUCGCCAGCGCGGCCACCGCGGGUGUGUCAGCGCAGUCCUUUCUUCACUGCUUUACACUGAGCAGCUCGGCUUUUAACCUGCAAGUUGCCACUCCCGGGGGGAAGCCAAUUGAUUUUGUGGAUGUGAACGAGAGCAACAUGCGCUGGAUACAGGACUUCCGUAUGAAAUCGUACGCCAACCCCGCCAAGCUGGAGUCGAUUGAUGGCGCCAGAUACCACGCCUUGCUGAUUCCAAACUGUCCUGGAGCGAUGACUGACCUCGCAAACAGCGGGUACUUGGCUAAGAUACUGCAGCACUUCAGCGCUGAGAGCAAGCCUAUCUGUGUGGUUGGACACGGAGUUGCAGCUUUGUGCUGUGCCACCAACGAGGAUAAAUCGUGGGUGUUUCAGGGAUACAGCCUGACAGGGCCCUCUGUGUAUGAACUAAUCAGGCAGCCAAAUUUUGCCAGUUUGUCCAUUAUUGUGGAGGAUUUUGUGAAGGAUUCAGGAGCUACGUUCAGUGCCAGCAUUCCAGAUGCUGUACAUGUGGUGCUGGACCGGCACCUGGUGACAGGACAGAAUGAGAAUUCCACUCUUCCAGCCGUCCAGAACCUUCUUGCUCUUUGCAAUGUCAGGUGAAGGUGUGUUAGAAGCCUUUCCUGGCUGUGGACUAACAGGUCGUGUCGUGUUUGGAUGUGUUUCCUUCAGCAGGAAGUGAAGGAGUUGGUCUCUUCACCAACAGGAUGGAUGAAGAGCCAGCAGGGGAAGGAUUGCCUUGUCUUUUAACUGGGUAAAACAUCUCUGAAGUUCUAUCCUGGACUACAAAGUGACUGUGACAGUGAAGUGGCCAAGUCAGGUGUUGCAAAUAGCAAAUGGAUGAAGGUUGUGGAUAAGACUUGGAAGAGCAUCACAUGCCAGAAGCGAUCAUGAAACCACCAUGCAUUCUUGUUGCUGCACCUUUCUUCACUGCUUAUCUCUGGACCCUUUGUUUACAGAGGUGGAACCUUGUCUUUUGAAGACAAAAGUUGGUGCUAUGAAGGCAGUUGUUGAAUCUGAAGAUGGAGUUCCAGGCUGACAUUACUCUGAUCAUUCCUAGCUCGGCCCCAGAGAGGACUGGAGACUCUGAACCAUCUGGGGUUUGUGUUUCAAAUAUCAAAGCUUCAUUGGAAUGCAAUUUCAGAUGCAUUGUCACCUUUCUUUGGGUGAAUUGGUCAUAAAGUUGCUGUCUGACUGUGUCUCAGGUGCUUGGAUGCGUUUGGAAUAGGAUGGAAAAUGCUCGGCUAAACUCUGAAUAAAGCAGAACCGGUUGUUUGAAGGCAGCUCACUGUGGUGGUGCUGUUAGCACAAUGUGCCGUUGUUUUAUUCCUUGACUGUCCACGUUAUUGGGCUUCUGUUUAAAGCAUUUGCUCAGCUGUUUCUAAAUGGUCUUCUAACUGGUUAUCUGUUCUCCUUUGUUGUGUUUGUGUUAUGAGUUUUGUUCUCUUGGAAAUGUUUGGAAUAGUUCUCUCCAGCAAACACAUUGUGGUUCUCGAUUGCUGGAGUUUUGGACAAAUGGGAGGAAAAAAGUGGGCAGUUAAUGUGGAACCUCAGCAUGAGCUGGGAACAUUUGAUCACAGCCCAGAAACUACAUGUCCUGGAGCAGUGGGACCAGCAGGGCAAGGCAGGGGAUUCUGCCUCUUGGCUCCGCUCUGUGAGACCCAUCUGGAGCCCUGUGUCCAGUUCUGGAGUCCUCAGCACAGGGAGGACAUGGAGCUGUUGGAGCGAGUGCAGAGGAGGCCUCGGAGAUGAUCCGAGGGCUGGAGCACCUCCUGUACAAGGCCAGGCUGAGAGAGUUGGGGUUGUUCAGCCUGGAGAAGAGAAGGCUCUGGGGAGACCUUAGAGCAGCUUCCAGGACUGAAAGGGGUUCCAGGAAAGCUGGGGAGUGGCUCUGGAUCAGGGAGUGCAGGAACAGGAUUAGGGGAAUGGCUUUAAAUUGGAAGGGGA